AUGGGUUGGAGAAUUGACUGGAUAUGCCCAAGGGGCCAAGUCCUUUCAAAAAACUUUACACCAGAGAAAGCUAUCACAAAGAUGAGAAAAAUGCUCUUUCAUAGAAGAGAUAUUGACCACCACAACACAUUGCAACCCAAGCAAAAAGAAGAUUGUGAAGACUCUUCUGAUACUUCUAUCAAGACUCUCCAGCAAGGCCCAAAAAGCAAAUGUUCUGGGCCCAUGAUGGUUCCGAGUGAAUUUCACCUUGGGUACUUUGAUCUAACACCAGGUUUGCUUGAUAUGAAGCCUGUCGCGCAAGUUGUGGUUCAGUCAAACGCUAGCCUUGUUCGUCGUGUGCCAAAGGGCAUGGGCCAUUCCUCCAAUGCGUUACCGCCCAAUGAGGGACACCUACUGUUGCUGCAGCUGGAUCUUUGCUGGCCCAAGGAGGGUCACCAAUACCCCAUACAGGCAGCCCCUCAUGUGUCCCAUCUGAAGGACCAAUGUGUGGUUUCCUUGGAUUCCACCUUGUUUUUGCGAGCUGAAAAACAGCCAGUGAGAAUACAUUUAUUCGCAGAUGGAGCAAUGAGCGUCUCAAACUUCGAUAUAGUAGCAAUGUCAAUGCGGGGUAUUAGUCCCAGGGCUGAAGCCGUUCUCUUGCCACAACAGCACACUGACCCCGAAGUCCAAGCCGAUAUUGAUCUCCUGCUUGGAGAGGAUCGAGGUGCCGCGUGGCAAUUCAUUGUCCAAUGGCGCGCUGCGGCCAUUGAGCAAUUAAAGCUUCAGUAUAAGCUGUGGAGGCAAAUGGAGGAGGGAAGAUACGGCACCAAGGUCUUUCAUCUGAAGAGCACAGACACCCAUGAAACAGAGGAUAUUGAAAUUGGGGAAUGGGAUGGCUUUGAUGACUGA